AUGGAUGGCAACAAAAAUGUCGGCAGCGAUGCCAAGACUGUCGAGCCUGUGGAGUACAACGUGCGUGACUUGAUUUUGUACGCCCUUGGUAUCGGCAGUGAGGAUCUUCGUUAUAUUUACGAGAAGCACGAAGACUUCGCUGCAUUUCCAACCUACCCCGUAGUUCUGUGCUACAAGGGCGUCUCGUACGAUGCGCUGCCGUUUCCUUCGCCGAUUUUGGCGGCCUUCCCCAACCCUCCAAUGCGGAAUGCUCGUGGACCCUUGGACGCGGGCAUCAGCCUGGAGCGUCUCGCGGAGCUCCCGAAGGGAGGAGGCCGCCUAAAGCUCGCCGGAGGUGUUGCAAGCGCCCACAAGAAGGGCAAGGGCGCCUUGGUCGAGCGAGCCUUCGAUCUGAUGGACGACGCAGGCAAGGUCUACUACAAGUUUGUGGAUGCCAGCUUCGUGGUCGGUGCAGACGGCUUCGAGGACUUUGGUCCUGUUCUGACAAAGCCAGUGACCGUGCCGUCCACUCCGCCAAAGCAUCGAGUUGAGAGCAAGAUCGAUCCUCGGGCCGCAAGCCUCUACCGCCUGUCCGGGGACUACAACCCUUUGCACGUGGACCCCGAGUUUGCAAAGAUGUCCGGCUUUGACGCGCCGAUCCUUCACGGCAAGUGUACAUUUGGCCACGCCACACGUGCACUUCUGGACACGCUGGCAGCUGGCGAUCACCGCAGGUUCCGCAGCUUGCAGCUCCGGCUGGUGUCGCCGGUGAUUCCGGGUCAAACGCUGGUGACGGAAAUCUGGCAGGUUUCCGCGGAGGACUUCCUUUUCCAAGUUUUGAUCAAAGAGACGGGCAAGAUAUGCAUCGGCAACGGACGUUUCCAGCUCACUCCAGCCAGCAAGAUGUAG